AUGGAGGGAUCUCUUACCGAAAUCGAAGAUUGGGACAUCCAUUCGCAUGUCUAUGAAUUGGCUGCCCGUGCACAGUCGAGUAAACGUCUCGGUUAUGUUGAUCGUAGCUCAGAUAUGCUUGACAUCUCUCUACAGAAAUCAGGUAUAGAUUUACAUAUAAAACAAUCAAUCACCGGUCUUUCCACAUCCACUGGUUAUGUGUGUUGGCAAACGGCACUGUAUAUGACAGACUGGAUUCUAGGUGAUAAAAAGUGUCCAUUCAAGUUCAACAGUGACAUGACAGUGGUCGAGUUAGGUAGUGGGGUUGGAGGUAUUUGUGUUUCAUUAUUAGGUCCAAAAGUUAAACAAUACAUCGCCACAGAUCAACAAUCAUUAUUGAAACUUUUAAAAUCAAAUUUUGAAUCCAAUGUACAUGGUUCUUAUCGAUAUCUGGAACAGACAAUCAAUAAAAAAUCAGGACCUAUAUCUACAAUUGAAUUCAUGGAAUUCGAUUGGGAAGAUCCUGAACAAGGACUACUAAAUUUCCAUGCAUUCACAAAUGAUCCAGUGGAUUUGAUCAUAGCAUGUGACACCAUCUACAAUGAAUACUUAAUCCCACAUUUUAUCAAUGCAUUUACUCUGUUAAUGUCAGAACAUACUGGGGUAUUAAUUGGUGUACAAUUAAGAGAUGAAGCAUUAAUUGAAUUAUUUGAUGAACAAGUAUUGGAAAGAGGAUUACACCUCUUUUGUGUCAAUGAAGAAAUUUUGACAUCUGAAUUAAAUCAAGGGUUUAUAAUAUACUAUAUAACAAAGUAA